GUCAGUGGCACUGCGCAAGGUACCUUCUGGAGAUAUAUCUACAGUGUGUCCUUCUCUAGGUAAUCUUGGUCUCAGUUUGUCAUGUCUAUUUAGUCUCUGGAACCUGUGGCAUCAGAUUGUGAACCAUGCUGUCCAUAGUUUGGAGUGUAUUCCUGCCACUCGUCCUCCUGUCUACCCAUUGCCUCUGCCAACAUCCAGAGAACGAUGACCUGGAACUUCAACUUCAAUACUAUGAUGACAAUGUAAUUGAUCUUCUGGAAGCCCUGAAUGUUACUCGGUCUAUCAAAGGUGUCACUAAAUCAAAAGGUCGGGAUCCAGGAUCCUCAUCCUGGAAGUUCCGUCAACGUGUUCCCCACCUGACUCUUCCUUGGGACUACUCUGUAUAUCUGUUGUCCAGCACGCAGGGAUCUCUGGGACUGCACUUUGUAGCCAAACAAGCCAAGAACAAUCAAGGAACACUACUGGCCCUCCGGUCUCAAGCUGCUACAAAAAAGGACGGUCACCCACUACUGCGUCUUGUAUCAGACACUCAUGCUGACCAACUGCGUUUAGAAUACCGCACCCCACAAAACAUGGAACCAGCAUCCUUGGUGCUCCCCGGAGGAUCACCUUUCACAGGUUCCCAGUGGGUCCGUCUUGCACUAAAUAUAGAUGUUUACAAGGUGACAAUCUACCUAGACUGUGAAGAACCAGUGGUGUUUGGGAAUGAGCGAGAGGACGAACUGCUGAGUCUGAUUCUCCCCUUGGAUCUGGAGAUCAACUUUGCUAGCACUCCAGGUGACAAAGAGAGCAGGUUCCUGGGAUACUGGCAGACAGCUGAAAUUUUUCCAACUGGGCUCACUCACAGACCUUGGCAUUGCGAGAACCGUUCAGACUCUCCUCCACUUCCUUACUCAUUGUCAGAGGAGAGACAAGCGAAUGAUGAUGAGGUGCAGCGGGAGCCAAGAGCUCCAGACUUAUCUGACAUACAGCAUUACCAGCAGCAGCAGAGCGAGGUUCCUCCACCUCUUCUUUCAGCGGAAGACCGUCUACGGAGAUUGGAGGAAGCCUUACAGGGAAUGACCAGUAUGCUGGACAUGGUCAAAAGUCAGAAUACUGAUCUGCAGGCCCGGGUCAAAGUACUAGAGAGCUGUGAAUGUAGGCGUCCUUCAUGCACCUGGGAAGGCAGAGAGUAUCAGGACAGUGAAACCUGGAGGAAGGACUCUUGUAAUAUCUGCGUAUGCGUCGGGGGAUCCGUGACAUGCUCCCUGCGCAAGGAUUGGCCGCAGUGUCUCGGAUGUACUUACGAGGGAAGAAGUUACAGUAACGGGGAGACCUUCUCCGUCGGUUCCUGUACAUCAUGCGUCUGCCAGAAUGGAGAGGUGACCUGCACCCAGAAGACAUGUCCACCAGUUACCUGUAGUGACCCUGUGACACCUCCAAAUGAAUGUUGUCCCCGCUGCUUAACAGGCUGCUCUGAUGGACACAUGGAGGGAGCUACCUGGAGAAAGACACCUUGUAUAAGCUGUACGUGCCAGGGUGGGCAUGUGAGGUGUACCACUGAGGUUUGCGGCAAGGUCCAAUGCGAGCAUCCUUUCACCGCUCAUGGUAGAUGCUGCUCAGAAUGCACUAACUGUGAUUACCAUGGAAACCUACUGAGGACCGGGGAAAAAUUGCAGUCAGGGCCAUGUACCCUGUGCACAUGUACGAAUGGGACAGUGCGCUGUGAGAGGCAGCCCUGUCCAGAGCUGACCUGUAUAAGAAAAUACAUUCCACCUGGACAGUGUUGUCCCGUCUGUCAGCAAGGCUGUGAAUAUGAGGGGCUGACGUACCAAAAUGGAGAUGUUUUCCGUUCACAAAGCAAUCCAUGUGUGAACUGUUCCUGCAUGAAUAACCUGGUGCGAUGUCUGCCUGUUCAGUGCCCUGCAGUUGCCUGCACCAAACCUGUUCCUACUCCAGGCCAGUGCUGCCCCUCGUGUCCAGUGUGUGAGUUUGAGGGACGUCAGUUGUUACCUGGCCAGAAUGUCACCUCUAUGAAUGGCUGUCAAUACUGCGCUUGUCAGGAUGGUGAGGUGCAAUGUACUGAUGCUGUCCAUUGUCCACAAUCCUGCACUCAUGGUGUCAGACGUGGCUCCUGCUGCCCUGAUUGUUCAGCCUGUGACCUGAAUGGGGACAUUAUUCCUAAUGGUGUCACUUUCCGGGGAAAUGGGGAUCCUUGUGAUAGCUGUGUCUGUCGGGAUGGCAGUGUGCAUUGUGUCAGAGUGACUUGCCCAGAAUUGACCUGUAAACUCCAGGAGGAGGUCCCAGGGGAGUGCUGCAAGCGGUGUCAAGGCUGCAUUGAUGGGAUAACCAAGCGCAAGCAUGGGGAUGAGUGGAAACCUCAUGGAGAGCCAUGUCAGAUCUGCCGCUGUAUGGAGGGAAACAUUCAAUGUAGAAAACGCCACUGUGCCUCUUUAUGCCGAAACCCAGCACCAGCCAGACCUGGCACCUGCUGCCCCGUCUGCGAUGGCUGUUCCUAUCAGGGGCGUACUUAUCUAAAUGGACAAGCUGUAAGGAGUCCUGACCCUUGUACCCGCUGCACAUGUCAGAAUGGGAAUGUUCAAUGUGACCCCAUACCGUGCCCUCCCACCAUGUGCAGAAAUCCAUUACGGAAACCUGGGGAUUGCUGUCCAAGGUGUGAGGGGUGUGAAUAUGAUUCUCGGCUGUUUGCUGAAGGAGAGGUAUUCACGGCUGCCCAUGACCCCUGUCUGAGCUGCACAUGUACAGCUGGAGAAGUAUCGUGUGAGCAUCUGGAUAGGCGCUGUCCACCAGCAAAAUGUAGCCACCCAAGCAAAGUUAAUGGACAAUGCUGCCCUAGUUGUGAAGUUUGUGAAUUUGAACGGCAGUUAUAUUCUCAUGGACAGACAUUCCAGCCACCAGGACAUGGUCCCUGUCUGAGAUGCACCUGCUCGAACGGAAAUGUCCGCUGUGUAGAAGAGUCAUGCCCCCCCAUAUCCUGCCCAAACCCAGUAAGAGACCCAGAAAAAUGUUGCCCAGUCUGCAAAGUGUGUGUGCAGGAUGGAGUUGAGUUCCUGGAAGGAGUGGAGUGGGAACCGGAGAGUGAUCCCUGCAGUAGCUGUGCCUGUUUGAAUGGUGACACCGUUUGUGGGGUUAGCCAGUGUCCACCGAUAACGUGUCUGCACCCCACCCGGAGUGAAGGUGAAUGCUGUCCAGUAUGUGACACCUGCAGCUACAACCAGCGAUUAUACAGCAACGGUCAGAUUUUCACUGAUCCUGAUAACCCCUGCCAGGAUUGCCUGUGCCAGGAUGGUACAGUCCAGUGUUCUCCUAUUGUGUGUCCUCCUGUGCUGUGCUCCAAACCAGAGAGACAACCAGGUCAAUGUUGCUCCAAAUGUCCAGAAUGUAGGUACCAGGACCAGAUUUUCCUAGAUGGAGAGCAGUUUUCCAACCCGAUUAAUCAGUGCCAGGAGUGUGGGUGUCUGGAUGGUCAGGUCACAUGCAAAGACAGAGGUUGCCCUGGGCCCAUCUGCUCUUACCCACUGCCAGGGACCUGCUGCAACAACAACUGCAAUGGCUGUAACUAUGCCGGGAAGGAAUACCCCAAUGGGGCAGAUUUCCCUCACCCCACUGAUAAGUGCAGACAGUGUCACUGCAUUAAUGGCAAUGUGCAGUGUCUAACACAGAGAUGCCCUCCACUGCUCUGUUCUGAACCAUUUCCAGUCCCCGGAGAAUGCUGUCCUCAGUGUCCUGUGCCACCUGCUGACUGCCCCUAUGCUGGGGUCACAUACAGACAUAUGCAGCGUUUUUAUGAUCCUUCAGACAAAUGCCGUGACUGCAUCUGCAAUAAUGGCACUGUGACCUGCCAGAGAAAACCCUGCGCCCCUGCACCCUGCUCACAUCCCCUUCAGGGAGACUGCUGUCGUUCUUGUGAUGGCUGCCUUCUGUCUGGGAAAGAGUUGGCCAAUGGAGAGCAGUUUCCACAGCCGUCAGAUCCUUGCUCUGUGUGUGUGUGCUGGGAGGGCAGCGUGAAGUGUCAGCCCAAAACCUGCCCUGUCAUCCACUGCCCUUACCCCGCACCAGGGAAGUGCUGUAAGGAGUGUCAAGACUGUCAGUACCUGGGAGAGGUGUACCUCAAUGGGCAGGAGUUUUCUUCAUCGCAGGAUUCGUGCAGCCGUUGUAUCUGCGCAGAUGGAUUUGUCACUUGUACCAAGAAGCCGUGUUACAAAGCUGGCUGCACUCACCCCAGCACCCCACCAGGAAAAUGCUGCCCAGUCUGCGAUGGGUGUUCUUAUAAUGGAAUUGUUCUGAUUAAUGGUCAGACUAUUCCUGACCCCGCUAACCCUACCUGUUCUGAGUGUAGUUGCCGGGCUGGGUCUGUACAAUGCGCACGAAAGUUAUGUUCACCCACUACGUGCCCAUAUCCAGUAACUGGUCCAUGUGACUGCCCCAUAUGCCAGGGCUGCCACUUCCAAGGUCGGAACUACAUAGAUGGCGACGCUUUUACUUCCUCACAAAGUGAAUGUGAGCAAUGCCGUUGCAUGAGGGGUCAUGUUACAUGCACACCAAAGGCCUGCAGCGUGGUGAGCUGCCCACAUCCAGCAGAGGACCCCUGUAUGUGCCCAGUGUGUGAUGGCUGCAACUACAAUGGACAAGAUUGUGUCAAUGGCGAGAGCUUCCCGGACCCCGAGGAUGAUUGCAGUCGCUGCACCUGCAAAAAUGGAGAGGUGACGUGCGUGUCUUUGCCUUGUCCACGUGUGUCAUGUCUGCAUCCUGUGACUCCUCCAGGAGAGUGUUGCCCACGAUGUACUGGAAUAUGUAAACACAAUGGACGGACAUACCAGAACGGUGAUAGAUUCCAACUUCCUGGGGAUAUUUGUACUACAUGUUCCUGCCAGAAUGAAAUGGUAAAAUGCCAACGUCUUCCUUGCCCCCAAGACUGCACUCACCCAGUGCCCACUGGGUCAUCCUGCUGUCCUGUUUGCAAUCACUGUUUCUACGAGGGACAGGAAUACCCUAACCGCCAGACAUUUUCCUCCGCAUAUGACCCCUGCCAACGCUGUGUGUGUCUUGAUGGGAGUGUAACCUGCACCGGUGUGGUGUGUCCUCCUGUAUUCUGUGCCAACCCACUUACUAAGCCUGGUCAAUGCUGUAAGGAGUGCCCAGUAUGUCGGUAUCAAGGAAAGGAAUAUAAAGAGGGUGCGCACUGGGUACCAGCCACUGAUCCAUGCCUGCAGUGCACCUGCACGGCAGGAAGCGUGCGCUGUGAGCCUCCCUCUUGCCCGUCACUGCCAUGCACCCAACAGGUGACCGACCCAGGAGCUUGCUGCCCUCGAUGUAGGGGGUGUGUAUAUCAUGGCCGGGAAUACAAAGACAACAGUAAUUGGCUCUCCAGCCUGGAUCGUUGCAUGUCCUGUAUGUGUGUAGAUGGCAUAACAACUUGCUCCAAAAUAGAGUGCGUUAUUUCUUGCUCCAAUCAAAUCACACUCCCAGGGGAAUGCUGCCCACUAUGUGCAGACUGUAUUUCUAAUAGUAAAGUGUAUGUUACUGGGGAGAGUUUUCAUCCGUCUGAUGAUCCUUGUGAGAUCUGUACUUGUGAACGUUUGCCAGAUGGCCGCCAGUAUCGACGUUGCAGCAGGAAACAGUGCCCUAGCCUACUGGACUGUCCCCGGAGUCACAUUCUUCCUCCUGCCCCUGGCCAGUGCUGUGCUAGUUGUGCCCAGGCUCUUAGUAACUGCACAGACUCUAUGGUGGGCAAUGAGAUCCAGGCAACAGAUGAUCCCUGUUAUACUUGUCAUUGCAAGGAUCUGACGUGGAUUUGUGUUCAUCGCCCCUGUCCCAUCCUAAGCUGCCCUCGAUCAGAGCAAGUCACCCUCCCUGGAUCUUGCUGCCCUUCCUGCAAAGAGUGCCUGGUGGAGAAUGAAGGACAUCGGGUUCCUGAUGGAGAAACCUGGAGAGAUAGACAAGAUCCUUGUGUGACCUGCACUUGCACUCUGGGGCAUGUGGAAUGUCAGAUAGAGGAAUGUCCUCCAACACAGUGUCAGCCUGGAGAGCUAAGGGUCAAGACGCCUGGGACGUGCUGCCAUGUCUGUCAAGCUCCUGCUGUUUCCUGCUGGUAUCAAGGCCAAAGGUUCCUCUCCAACGAGCACUGGCAGGUGGAUGAGUGUACAGCCUGCACCUGUGUAUCAGGGGACGUGCACUGUCAUAGCGAGAGAUGUCCUCAAGUGUCUUGCACAGCGGAUGAGACUCCAGCUCUUAUCCCUGGGAUGUGUUGCCCACACUGUAUUCCCCGGCCUGCCACUUGUAUUGCUUUUGGAGAUCCUCACUACAGGACCUUCGAUGGGAAGAUGUACCACUUCCAGGGAAGCUGCACCUAUGUCCUGAGUGAAGAUUGUGAAGGAGGAGAUUUCAGCAUUCAUGUGACAAAUGAUGACCGUGGGCAGCGUGGUGUGUCCUGGACCAAGGAAGCGACUGUGCUAAUAGGGGAUGCUGUGGUUCAUCUCCUACAGGACUGGGUUGUGAUGGUGGAUUAUCAAACAGUAGAGCUGCCUUUCCUUAAGGAACCUUAUAUUUACAUAGAAAGGAAAACAAAUACAAUCUUACUGAAUAGUAACAUUGGUGUAAAGGUGCAGUGGAAUGGACGCUCUCACUUGGAGGUCAGUGUCCCUGGUACAUACCGUGAUCACCUGUGUGGCCUGUGUGGGAAUUUCAACAAUUAUCCUCAGGAUGACUUCCGGGACAGAAGGGGACAGAUCCAGCUCUCAGAAGCAGCCUUUGGGAACAGCUGGAAGGUGCAGAGCAGUAAUGAUUCUGCCAGUGGCUGCUGGGAUGGUCAGGAUGUGGACCCAUGUAAGCAGGCGGGGUAUCGUGCUAGAAAAGAAGCCAAUGGACGUUGCAAGCUGUUGAAGUCCAGUGUAUUUGAGCCCUGCCAUCGAGUGGUCCCACCAGAGAUGUUCUUUGCAUCCUGUGUUUAUGACCUCUGUGCCUGUGGACCGGGCGAUGAGUGUUUAUGUGAUGCACUGGAGGCCUAUGCAUCAGAGUGCAGAGAGGCUGGAGUCAUCCUGCAGUGGAGAUCUCCUGCGCUAUGCGCGGUUGGCUGUCCUCAUGACAGAGGCUAUGUGUUUGAUGAGUGUGGUCCUCCUUGUCCCAAAACUUGUUUUAACAAGGAUGUCCCGCUUGGUGUCCUGGAGUCUCACUGUUUCAAGCCUUGUGUCCCUGGUUGUCAAUGUCCUGCAGGGUUGGUGGAACAUGAGUCUCACUGCAUUCCUCCAGAAUCCUGUCCAAAAAUUAUCCAUGGGAACCUGUGAGUUCAACUACCUAGCGGACACUGAGAACUUGAGUGUAGUUUGGUUGUGUUAAUCAACCAUCAUCUACACCAUCUGUCAUGCAUCAGAUGACAAUGGGAUUAUAUUUAAUAUGUGUCUUCUUCAGUAUCCUUCUAUCAUUUCUCAUCCAUCGUAUUUUCCAGAUUAAUUUAAAUGUCUCGUUUGGCCUGGCGACCUUUUAUACAUGCAGCAAGUAAGAAACCAAACCAGGUCACCGCAUUCCACUACUUCUCAGGUGAAAGAAGAAGAAUGUUUUGCACUAUGGUCCCUUAAUGGACAACAAUUCACAAAACAUGAAACAAUGUUGAGAGUUUUUUAAGUUUUAUUUUUAUGAAAUAAGCCUAGCACUGUGCCUGUUUGUUAAAUAUAAAGCUAAUUCUCUAGAAAACACACAUGUACAUUUGGUUGACAAUAUGAACAUGUCAACUGGACAAUUAGCAACCACUUUUUCAAUCAAAAGUACAAAGCUUUUGACAUCCUAGGUAUAUAAGGAUUUAAGCACAAUUACCCCAUAUAUAGUUUUCAGCAUAUCAACCAUGAACCAUUUCAAUAAAAUUACAGAAAACUAUUUUACAGUUAAAACUGGUUUCUUUGUAGAGACUGCUUGAAUAUUCUUUAAAAUACGUAUAUAAUUUCACAUACAUACUGGUUGCUAGCCAUUUUCUGGUAAAAGAUAAAACUCUGGUAGAAACAUUAUAUAUUCAAUACAUAAGUCAUUUUAGAUAACCUUGAAAUGUGCUUCGGCCUUGGGGUAUGUGUCGUCCAUGAAGCAUUUUUGUUGGUAAAUUAACUGUUUUAAGAAGCUUGAUAUUGUUUUAAGUAACAGCUGAAUUAACAAUCCUCAUAAUAAAGUUCAAUGCCAUCAGAACCUGGAUGGACAAAUUCGUUUUUGGUUGUUUUAGUUUGGAAAAAUGUUUAGAAGCCCCUAUAUAUAUUUUUUAAAAGGCUGGAGUAUAUAUUUGUUUCUUUUUUUGGAAGCCUCCUUACAAUGUAUAAUUUAAACACUUGAGGAACAGUAGAAAUGUACGUCUAAUACUUAAUGUCAUAGAGUCAUAGAGCCACACAUGUGCUGCGAGGAUGUUGGUUACCUCCUAAAUAAUCCAAAUUAGAUAUAUUCUCUUGAUACCCCUUUCUAUCCCAUAUACAACUGUGCAGAUGAUACUAAAAAUAAAAAGAUAUGUCCUUGAAAAAAAUAAUAAUGUAAUGAUGUACGUGGCAGAAAUUUUAUUAGAAGAAAGGUUAAUAUUUUGCUUUCUGUAACAUGGUUAUUAUUCUUCAUAUGCGGCAUAUAAAUGUUAAAUCAUGGAGAGGAGCCCGAAGUUUAAGGUGUGUAGUUUCCUGUGGCUAGUCUAGCCCCUAAACAUGGCCACGUGGCUGUGCUCGGAUGGGAAUCUGCUGCUCACUACCUUUUUCUAACUAUGUGAAAACCACUGUUUUUUUAUAUAAAGAUUUCUAUAUUUAUAUACCCACUUUGUAUUACUUUGCAUUCAAAAGAUUUUCAUUUGCCUGAUUGUAUUUAUUGCUUGAUAAUGUAAACUUCCCAUAAUAAAUAAAAAUUGGGUUAAUUCUU